AUGGGGGAACCCCGGACUGGGGCCCCCCUGGAUGAUGGUGGGGCCUGGACGGGCAGUGAGGAAGGCAGCGAGGAGGGCACUGGAGGCAGUGAGGGUGUUGGAGGAGAUGGGGGCCCUGAUGCAGAGGGUGUGUGGAGCCCCGACAUCGAGCAGAGUUUUCAAGAGGCCCUGGCCAUAUAUCCUCCGUGUGGCCGACGCAAGAUCAUCUUGUCAGAUGAGGGCAAGAUGUAUGGCCGGAAUGAACUCAUUGCCCGUUACAUCAAGCUGAGGACAGGGAAGACGAGAACUCGCAAGCAGGUCUCGAGUCACAUCCAGGUUUUGGCUAGAAGGAAAUCAAGAGAAAUUCAGUCCAAGCUGAAGGACCAAGUCUCCAAGGACAAGGCCUUCCAGACGAUGGCUACCAUGUCUUCGGCACAGCUCAUCUCUGCACCGUCCCUCCAGGCCAAGCUGGGUCCUUCUGGCCCUCAGACCACUGAGCUUUUCCAGUUCUGGUCUGGGAACUCUGGGGCACCGUGGAAUGUUCCAGACGUGAAGCCUUUCUCCCAGACACCGUUCUCUGUAUCACUGACUCCCCCAUCCACCGACCUACCAGCUCAGUCCAGCUUGUCCCUGCGUCCCGGCCUCCAGCGUCCCUUACUGCUGCUCCUGCGGCCUUCGCGGUUCCAGAGGCAUCUGUUUGUCCACAUCAGUCAGCAGUGCCCCAGUCCUGGAGCGCCGCCCCUGGAGAGUGUGGACGUGCGACAGAUCUAUGACAAGUUCCCCGAGAAAAAGGGUGGCCUCCGGGAGCUGUAUGACCGAGGGCCACCCCAUGCCUUCUUCCUGGUCAAGUUCUGGGUGAGUGCUCCUAAGUCAUGGCUCUAUCAGUCGGGCACAAGGAGGGUCUUAGGUCUGCCUGGGCCACCCUUCAGAGACAAAACAAACACUACCUUGAGCAGCCAGUAUGAGAGCCGGGAGCUCAUGACACUUACCUGCUCCUCCAAGGUCUGCUCCUUUGGCAAGCAAGUGGUGGAGAAAGUGGAGACAGAGCGGGCCCAGCUGGAGGAUGGGCGUUUUGUGUACCGCCUGAUGCGCUCCCCCAUGUGUGAGUACCUGGUUAACUUUCUGGACACUCAGGAAUUGCUGCUGUGUACUGCCUACGUCUUUGAGGUCUCCACCAGUGAACACGGAGCCCAACACCAUAUCUACCGCCUGGUCAGGGACUGA